AACCUCCAAGAACUUGGAAUAAGAAUUCCUAGACCACUGGGACACGGACCAAGCAGAUUCAUCCCCGAGAAGGAGACCAUACAGGUGGGAAACGAAGACGCCGCGAUGCACACGCUGUUUGCAGAUUCUUUUGCCACGCUGGGCCGGCUGGACAACGUUACCUUGGUGAUGGUUUUCCACCCACAGUAUCUUGAAAGCUUUCUAAAAACUCAGCACUAUCUGCUGCAAAUGGAUGGUCCACUCCCGCUUCAUUACCGACACUACAUCGGGAUAAUGGCUGCAGCACGACAUCAGUGCUCUUACCUUGUGAACCUCCAUGUGAAUGACUUCCUUCAUGUUGGUGGAGACCCUAAAUGGUUGAAUGGUCUGGAAAAUGCACCUCAAAAACUGCAAAAUUUAGGAGAACUGAACAAAAUGUUGGCUCACCGACCCUGGCUGAUCACCAAGGAACAUAUUGAGCAACUUUUGAAGACUGAAGAGAACAGCUGGUCCCUGGCAGAGCUGAUCCACGCGGUCGUUCUCCUCACACACUACCACUCCCUUGCUUCCUUCACCUUUGGUUGUGGGAUCAGCCCAGAGAUUGACUGUGAAGGAGGUCACACCUUCAGGCCCCCUUCUGUCAGCAACUACUGCAUAUGUGAUAUUACAAAUGGUUACCAUGGAGUGGAUGAAAUCCAUGCCAGCCCAACUGGAAGUAUUCCAUCUGCAGAGUCUGUCUGUGAAGUUGAAGCUCUUAUGGAGAAAAUGAAGCAGCUCCAGGAGUGCAGGGAUGAGGAGGAGGCCAGCCAAGAAGAGAUGGCUACACGUUUUGAAAGAGAGAAGAGAGAAAGCAUGUUCGUGUGUUCUUCAGAAGAUGAAGAAUCUGCAGCAACAAGAGAUGUCUCUCGUCACUUUGAGGACACCAGCUAUGGUUACAAAGACUUCUCCCGACACGGAAUGCACGUGCCCACCUUUCGUGUGCAGGAUUACUCCUGGGAAGAUCAUGGCUACUCCUUGGUUAACCGUCUUUACCCAGAUGUGGGACAACUACUUGAUGAGAAGUUUCAUAUUGCUUAUAAUCUGACUUACAACACAAUGGCCAUGCACAAAGAUGUGGAUACCUCAAUGCUAAGACGAGCUAUUUGGAACUAUAUUCAUUGUAUGUUUGGAAUAAGAUACGAUGAUUAUGACUAUGGUGAAAUUAAUCAGUUGUUGGACCGCAGCUUUAAAGUUUAUAUCAAGACUGUGGUUUGCACUCCUGAAAAGACCACAAAAAGAAUGUAUGAUAGCUUCUGGAGGCAGUUUGAACACUCUGAGAAGGUCCAUGUAAAUUUGCUUCUGGUAGAAGCUCGGAUGCAAGCCGAACUACUUUAUGCUCUGAGAGCUAUUACUCGCUAUAUGACCUGAUGUCUCCGGCUGCCUGUCGACGUUGGAAUGUUCUGCAGCUGCAGUGUGGCAGAGGAAGAUACGAAGCCUCAGGACCAACAGUAGCUAUAAGUUAAGAUGCCCAUUGUGCCAUAACUCCUUUAGUUUCAGCUAUUUCCGUGUUUGGAAUAUCAUUGCUGCCCCUCGGCAGCAAAUGCUUGGCAGUUGAACAGACAGGGUUGUGCAGAAGUGCUGCCUGCUCAUGGUAUUUUGGCUUUAGACAGCACAGGACAUUCUAUGAACUUGUGGCAACAUAGCAAAUGAUAGAUACAUAGAUCUUGUGUUAAGGCAAAUCCUGCGGGAGUUGGAGCGCGACA